AAUACUACAGAGUACAAUGCUUAUUAUAGAUUUAUAAAACGGGGUAAAAUUAACUUCAUUGUAAACUGUUUGAUUUUUUAAUAGUUUUCUGGUGUGGGUUCUGUUCCCAGGAAGCUGCUAACUCAGGAACAGAGUUAUGGCAAUAUCCAUAAUUUCCAUCUCCUGGGAAAUGAAUUUACUUCUAGGCUUGCUUUGCUCUUCGUAGAGUAUUGAGAGUAAGGGCUGUUUCAUACCUAAUUGAUAUGUAGAGAUUUUUAGUCUGGGUCAGAGAACUACAAAAUGCAAUUGGUCUCUUUCAUGUUUCCUUCUCUAGCUCUGCCAACUCUGGCCUGGGCCUUUUCCAAGAGAACAUAGAGGAGGAGAGAAUGGCGGCCAGAUGGCAGAUGAGUUGGAUUUUCUUCAGUCCGGAGCUUCUUUGCAAGCCUUGGAGAUUCAUCCCAUUAUGAAGUCACUCAAGUUUAAGGAUGUGGCUGUGAAGUUCUCAAAGGAUGAGUGGAAGCAACUGGUCCCUACUCAGAGGGCUCUUUACAGGGAGGUGAUGCUGGAGAACUAUCAGGGUUUUGUUUCUUUGGGAGUUCUAGUUCCUAAACCUGAUGUGAUUUUCCAGUUGAAGAGAGGUGAAGAGCCAUGGAAACUUGAUUUUCAGGAAGAUGAAGAAAGUGAAGUCCCAGGAAGCACUUUCCUAGACCAGAAUGCUAGACUUGAGAGCCAGGACUCAACUCAAAGGCAGGAUGUUUCUAAAGAAGCAAAGUCACAAAAGACAUUAAUGGAAACAUUCAGAAAAGAUGGUCCUCUGGGUCCUGUACUUGGCCCAGAAAACCUUGAGGGCACCAAGAAAGAACAUCUUUCAGGGGAGACUUUGAAGAAAUCCUCCCCCAAGGAAGACUCGCAAAGAUCCACUCCUGCCAAGAAAACCAACAGUAAGGGGAGAAACCUUGAAUGCAGCAUAUGUGGGAAGACCUUAUAUAACCACUUAUCCGUCACUCGUCAUCAAAGGACCCACACUGGAGAGAAACCUUAUAACUGUCAGGAGUGCAGGAAAGCCUUCAGCUAUAGAAGUAGUCUUAAGAAACACCUGAUGUCUCACACUGGGAAGAGCCCCUUUGAAUGCAAUGAAUGUGGGAAAACUUUCUAUGACCGAUUAACCCUUACCGAACAUCAGCGAACUCAUACUGGAGAGAAGCCCUUUAAAUGUCACGAAUGUGGCAAGGCUUUCUUUGUCCGCUCAUCUUUUACCCGCCAUCAGAGAAUUCAUACUGGAGAAAGUCCUUACGAGUAUACAGAAUGUGGGAAAUCCUUUAGCCAGAAAAGCAUCCUCGCUUGCCACAAGCUCGCUAACACUGGAGAGCGGCCUUAUGAAUGCAGGGGGUGUGGCAAAGCCCUGUUUGACCGCUCCUCCCUCAUUCACCACCGCAGAGCACACACCGGAGAGACCCCUUUUGAAUGUAAUGAGUGUGGGAAAGUUUUCUUUGACCGCUCAUCCCUUAAUCAGCAUCAGAAAAUUCAUAGUGGAGACAAGCCCUAUAAAUGCACCGAAUGUGGGAAAACCUUCCUCCAGAAGAGACCGCUUACUCAGCAUCAGAGAGUGCACACUGGAAAGAAGCCCUACGAAUGCAGCGUGUGUGGGAAGAUGUUCAAUUGCAAGUCCUCUAUCAUCCAACAUCAGCGACGUUAUGCCAGGUGGGCUUCAGACUAUCACAGAGGUGCUUCAGCCCGGCAAGGGACCCCCACAGGAACUUAAGCCACUUUUGUGCAAGAUAAUGAAGAUUUGUGUUUGAGCACCUUCUACCUGCUGCUUAUUCUCAUGCCUCCAUUUGAUACUAGAGUCUCAGUAAAUAGUCUUAAUGGACCAUGCCAUAGACUUCCCCUUGGAUGCCUCAUACUUAGUAUAAUACUCUGAGGAUCCCCAGAUUGGUCAGAAGCUCUCCAAUCAAUAUGUUUUAGAGAAAACUGGCUACUUUAUUGUGGAAGAUACGUGAGACCAUGCACCAUCCUGAAGAUACACCCAAUCCCAGCUGACAGCUCCUCGAACUUCUCUGGAGUCUUGAGAGACUUCCAUGUUCCAGUCGCCUUGAGCCUGGAAUACACACCCUUGGUUACUUUAUAUAAUCUGUGUCCCCGUCACAAUGGGCUAACACCAUGGAAGCGCAGGAAGGAAGCGGUGGGGAUGCGGGCGCCUCCCCUCGGAGGGAGUACCAAAGGGUCACUUUCUGAGGACUCAGACCAUCCCUGUGCUGGAGACCCAAAAGAAAAUGGCAUGACCACUGUGCUGCUGACCCCUGCAUCCCAGGUGGGU